AUGGCUUCUACCCGAACUCUCCCCGCCAAGCGGAACCCGCUGAUGAUGGAGGACAUCCCUGAAUAUUCCGAACUCAUUUCCCGCCGCCGUCUCGGACAGACUAAGCUUACGCCUAAGAUGGCCGGCAACGACGAUGGCGACGCUACCGCCCUCGGUGUCUUCGACUACGCCCACCUUCGUGCCCCCAUGCACAAGGGAAUUGUCUCGGGAAUCUUUAAAUCCAGCCCCAACAGCUAUUUCCUUAUGCGCCGCAGCUUCGACGGCUACGUUUCCGCUACCGGCAUGUUCAAGGCGACAUUCCCAUACGCCGAGGCCGCGGACGAGGAGGCCGAGCGCAAGUACAUCAAGUCCUUGCCGACCACCAGCCCCGAGGAGACUGCCGGUAACAUCUGGAUUCCCCCGGAGCAGGCUCUCGCCCUCGCCGAGGAGUACCAGAUUGCUGUCUGGAUCCGCGCCCUGCUCGACCCCGCCAAGAUCACCAUCUCCCAGGGCAACGACCCAUCUUCCUCUCCCGCUCGCAAGAUUUCGGCUCCUCCCAAAUUCGACCUGGCCAAGGCCACACAACCUCUACUAUCCCCCGCCGCUUCUACCACCGGCAGUGCCUCAAGACGCUCGCGACGGUCCGUUAGCCCCGCCAAGACGAGCGUCAGGAAGGCCCCCGCCUCACCUCGCAAGCGAAGCUCCAAGGCUGCCAAGGCUGCUGCCGAAAAGGAGGCUGCUGCUGCCAUCAAUGGGGACUCCGAAUCUACCGUUCCCAAGGCCAUUGGUUUCGAGCCUACGGUUGUUCUGCAGCCUGUUAAGGCUGACGACGACACCGCCAAACUGCACGUCGUCGUCGAGGAGCCAGUCAAGGGUGCCAAGGGCAGCGACAAGAAGCAGACCGUUACCGAGGUGGAGGUUCCCUUGCCCACAGCCGGCCAGCCACCAAGCGCCGAGGAGAUUGCUGCCAUGAUGGCCACGGCAAAGGAACAAGUUGAAUCUGCCAAGGAGGCCGACAAGGCUGCUGCCGCGAAGUCAGGCGACAAGACCGAAUCCAAGAAGGGCAAGCGCAAGGCCAGCGACAUUACCCCAGCCGAGGAAGGCGCAGAUAACAAGGAUGCUGCGGAAUCGAAAGAAUCGAAAGAAUCGCAACCGCGCGCGAAGAAGGCCAAGACUGACGCAGAGGUGCGCAAAGACAGAGUUAGAAACAGAGCCUUUAUUGGAAUUGGAGCUACUGUUGCUGUUGGUGCUCUGGUCCCUUGGCUUGUUAACUUUUUGUAA